GUUUGAAAUUUGCACCUUGUUCUCGUCUUGGCGCGGAAGCUUGGUCUCGGCGCGGUCAGAAACUCUCACCCGCCGCAGAGGCAUCGCGCCUGACACCUCUUGGUUCUUUCCGCCGAGGUCCCUCGUGCUGCGCCUGUGCAACUCGAGUUGGAACCUCGGGUUCAGGCACCCGCGCUAGACUCCUAUCGUCGCUCCGCCGCUCUCACGAGGCGCGCCGCCGGCACCAGGUCUCGUUUCGCUGGCCGCGUGAAGAGAGCCGCAAGGGAAGUCGAGUGCGCCUGCGCCUUCCUUCACGACCUCUCAGCAUAGCAGCACCGCUCGACCCCUCUCCCGCUCUCCAAAUCCGCGGCCUCUGCUUCCCUCAUGACGUCGACGCGCGAUGAGCUGAGAGCCAGGAUCCUCCGGCUCGAGGCGGCCGUCACGGCGAGCGACGACAAGAAGCACACCGCCGAGCUUGAGAGCGCACGCUUGACGGCCAAGGUCCAGAGGCUCGAGUCGGACGUCAUGGCGCGCGAAGAUGACUUGCGGAUCGCCAAAGCCAGCGCCUCCUCUGCGUCGAAUUUGCAUGCCGAGGCGAUGCAGCAACAGCAGCAGUACUGCCAGCAGCUUGUCGCCCGCCUGCAGCAGCAGCAGCAGUUCACCACAACGCUGCAGCAGAAGCAGGAGCACUUGACUGCCACGACGCAGCAGCAGACGCAGGAGCUCGCUGCGGCACGCGAGCAGCAGGAACAGCUCAAGGCCACGGUGCAGGAGCAGCAGAGCCAGCUCAACACGACGCUGCUGCAGCUCGUCGACGCGCAGCGCCAGCUGCUCCUCGCACGGCCGCCGCUGGAGCAGGCACAGCAGCCGCCGCAGCCGGGCUCGGGCACCGACCCGCAGGCCAAGCAGCAGCAGCAGCAGCGGCCGCCAGCCGUCGCCUCGCAGCAGGAGCAGCAGGAGCCGCAGCAGUGGCGGCAGCAGCAAGAGCAGCAACAGUGGCAGCUGCAGCACCAGCAGCAGUGGCCGCCGCAGCAUCAGCAGCAGCGCGCCGUCACUGCUGCCGAUGGAUGGACAAGCGCUCUGCAGUCUAGCGCAGCUCCGACGCCCGUCGGCACCAGCUACGACCGGCAGGCCAGCGAAGGCGGCGCUGCUGCGCGGCAGCGGCCGAGCCAUUCCUCGGCCACAUUCCACGCCAGCCGCGCGUCCGAGGCGGCGGACGAUCGAUGCGCGCCGGCGAAGCGAGGCCCGCCGCUUCAGCACGCCGCAGAGGCAGGCACCUCGGAGCGGCCCGCGAGCAAGCACGCCAGAUAUGCUGCUGAGGUAGGAGGGAACCUGACCGGCGGCUCGGACGCGGCCGAAGUCUCGGAGCCUGCAGGAAGUCACCGCUAG